AUGAAUAGUAAGGCAGGAGGGAAGGCCCCAAAUGAAGAAUCUCUUCUGAAACAUCAGCAGCACCUGCAGAAACAGAGAGAUGUAAUCGCCUACAGGAUGAAGAAACUGGCAGCUAAGCAGGUGGAGAUAACAAAAAAGACCAACGAGGUGAAGGAAAAAAUCAAAAAAAAGUAUGAGGACAUGAAGCGGGUUCUGGAUGAUGAUCUUCGGAUCACUCUGACCCAGCUAGACACAGAGCAUGAGGCCACAGAGAAGUUGGUGGAGGACAGGAUAGAGGAGUGCUAUCACCUCACUCAAGAACUGGACCAGGAAAUGUCUGACGCGUUAGCCAAAAUUAAAACACAAGAACUUGGUGUUCAGAAUGCUGAAAAAGACAAGAGAAUAUUUGAGAUUCUUAAGUUGACUGACCCUGACCUGAUUCAGAUGGACGAGUUCAAGAACGAACAACUCUUGAGUCUCACCAUCAACCUGCUGCUGUUCAUCAGGUCACAGGUCCCCGUCACCAAGAAGCUGUUUCAAAGCUAUGCUGCAGACGUUGUCCUUGAUGCUGACACAGCUCACCCAAAGCUGAUCAUCUCCCCCCCAGGUGACUCAGUAACCUACACAGACACCUGGCAGGAUGUCCCAGAAGCUGUGUCCCGCUUUGACACCACCCUGAAUGUAAUAAGCAAGCAGGGCUUCAGCGAGGGCCGCCAGUACUGGGAGGUUGAUGUGAGUGGGAAGACCUACUGGGAGCUGGGGCUCACCUACCCGAGCAUCCCACGCAAGGGCCGUGAAGAGGACUCCUGGUUGGGCCGAGGCAAAGAGUCUUGGUGUGUGGAAUAUUUUAAUGGAGACUACACAGCCUGGCAUGGGGGUGUCCCACAUGAGCUGCCUAUGCCGGCAGGAAAAAAGUUCAACCGCAUUGGGGUGUGCUGCAGUUUCCCCGGUGGUUUGGUGUGUUUUCUAGGAGCUGACACCAUGACGCCUCUCCAUUGCUUUUGCACCGGAACGUUUACUGACACCUUACAUCAGGCAUUAUGUCCAGGCCAUGACAAUGAAGGCACAAAUUGGAAGUCCCUAAAGAUCUGCGAUGCAUCUCGAUCAGCUCCUGUUCUCUGA